AUGGAUUGGUUAAACACAAUUCUGUUUAGUGCACUUGAUUUCUUUAAAGCCCAGAACUAUGAAGAUCCAUUCCAAAUCCAAAUUCCAGUUAUUGUCGGUCUGUGUUUCUGUCUACUAUACGUUAUUCAGUUAUGUAGAAGAAAUCAGAAGUCAGAAAAGUAUGAGGAAGAAAGAAGACAGAACACCGAAAAGGAGGAAGUUAAGGAUCUGGUCAUUGAUACGACUUUAUCUGAGCGAACAAUUGAAAACUCAAAACUUUGUACAAAGGAGAGUUGUGUUCAGACAGAUUUAAAAAUUUCAACUAAGCACAAGAAAGCACAAGCAACAGUGUUUAUGAAGGAUGCUAGCACACAGACUUACCAAGUUAAAAAACCAAGAAAGAAUAAAAAGCGUUCUAAGGAUCCUAACAAAAAUGGCAUCAAAUGGAACACAGAUAAGGUACCAAGCUCUAACGUGGUUGAAUUUGAACCUCCAAAGGGAAACAGAAACCUUGGAAACACGUGCUUUUUUAAUUCGUCCUUGCAGGCAUUGUAUUUCACGAAGUCUCUAAGGGAAGUACUCACAUAUUUAAAGGAUUCGGACGCAAACUUUGAGAAUAUGAUACUAAGCCAAAGGUUACUUGACUUACUGGAAAAACAAUCGAAGAAAGAUGAAGAUCACACAAAUGAGUUAAAGGGAGUUUUGAAUGCCGUAAGGAACAUAAACAACCAAUUUGGCCGUGGCACACAGGAGGAUAGCUAUGAACUAUUAAAUACACUGCUAGGUGGCAUCCUUGACGAAAUCAUACAAAAUGUAAAAUCAGGAAGAGAAGAGGGUAUUUGUCAAGAAAAAAUCAAUUUUGUAGAUCUAAAAAAUAACUGGACGAAUGCUAACAUAAAGAAUCUGUUUUCCGGUUUAUAUAUCACAAUAUAUUUCUACGAAACUUGUGAAGAUGUUGAAGUGGAAUUCGAGGACUUUACAACGUUAAGCAUUCCAAUAGUUGAAGAAUUUGACAAUGAAUUUAUCCACACGCACCACAAAGCUCUAAAUGCAGUUUGCUUAAAGGAGCCUGAAAACGACAUUGAAAAGGGACUUGCCAGUUUAACACAAAUAGAAGAGUACGAAGAAAGAGAUUUGCCUUGUCGCCUUUGCAAAACAGAGGGAACAGGCAAAGUUUACAGACGAUUGUUGAUAUAUCAACCUCCUCCAAUACUCAUCAUACAUAUCGAUAGAUUUAAAAUGAGUGGUUUUGAUCAGCUAACCAAAAAUUCGGAUAUGGUACAGUAUCUUCGCACACUCUGCCUUUCAAAAUUUUGCUCGGUGGCAAACAAGAAUAUAUCAGAAGGCACUGUGACCUAUGAACUUUAUGCAGUUGUGGUCCAUAGUGGUGGAAUAAACAGUGGUCAUUAUUAUGCCUACGUAAAUACAUCUAGAAAACACGAUAUUGAAAGGUGGCAGGAAGUAAUCAAGAGAGAGGCUGGGAACCUUGACAAUUUGAAAUCAGAAUUAGAAAAUGUUUUGAAAGGAAGCAUAGAAACCAGAUUAUAUGAAAGAAAUGUCAUUGUACAGGCACCUGAGGCUCCAGAAAAAUGGUUUUAUGUCAGUGACGAACAUGUUCAAUCUGUGAGCUCAGACACAGUUUUUAACCAGAAGGAUGCUUACAUUUUGUUUUACGAAAUUCAAUAA